CCCGCCCACGGCUUCCAUUUCUGUUCUGGAACACACGAGCCCUCGCGAAGAAUACACAUUUGCUUUUUUGAAUUUGUCUUCUAAUGUAAAUAGAGUAGUUAGUGCGAUAUACUGACGAAGUGAAACCUAUUUCUGUUUGGAUAAAUAAUGUUGUUGUUUUUUCGCUAAAGGACACGUUUGAGCUCCAGAAGAAACGAGGCGGGCUUUUAUUCCCCAUUUUAACUUUAGUGAACGGCGUUUUCCGCCGUUUUUUUAUUCCCUCCCCUGCCCCUCUCUCUCGCUCCCCCCUUCGAGAGUCGCGGCCUGUAGUGCAGCCACGAGGCGCGUCGGACCACCUGGAAUCAGGCGAUGGCGGAGUUUGGUAACGGACUAGCAGAGGAAUCCCUGCUGGACUCAGACCCGGGACACUCAGAACUUGAAGACCCAGGCGUCGGAGAUGAAGAACCGGGAUUAGACGAAGGAGAGGCCGCUAUUGAAGAUCCGGAGCUGGAGGCAAUUAAAGCCCGGGUGAGAGAGAUGGAGGAGGAGGCAGAGAAACUGAAGGAGCUACAGAAUGAGGUGGAGAAACAGAUGAAUCUCAGUCCUCCACCUGCUGGCCCUGUCAUUAUGUCCAUUGAAGAGAAGAUGGAAGCAGAUGGCAGAUCUAUUUAUGUUGGAAAUGUGGAUUAUGGUGCGACGGCAGAGGAGUUGGAGGCGCAUUUCCAUGGCUGUGGUUCCGUAAACAGAGUCACCAUCUUAUGUGACAAGUUUACAGGACACCCUAAAGGGUUUGCAUAUAUAGAGUUCGCAGACAAGGAGUCUGUUAGGACAGCUAUGGCACUGGAUGAGUCUUUAUUCAGAGGAAGGCAAAUUAAGGUUGGGGCCAAGAGAACAAAUCGUCCUGGCAUUAGCACCACAGACCGCGGUUUCCCUCGGGCCCGCUUCCGCUCACGGGGAGGAAACUUCUCAUCACGUGCACGCUACUACAGUGGCUAUACCCCUCCCAGAGGCAGAGGACGGGCCUUCAGGUUUCAGGACCAGUGGAGGCUGACUACCCCUCCUCCCGUGGCUGCGGCGCCCCCUACCGUCUCGGCGGCGUCUCUGUCUCUUUCUGCUCCCGCUAUGCACACUCACCCCAUCCUCUCUGUGUGGGGGGGCGGGGGAGGGGGACAGGGUGACCACCGGCCCACUGCGGGAGGCAUUUAUUACAAUAACAAGCGCUGAGCUUUACCGACAUGAAUAUACUGAGAUGCACCAGGCCCAUGUUAACACAAACAUACAGACACCGCACACAUCCACCACAAAUUUAUAUAUCAUGAAGGCAGAGCCAUGAUAGAGCAGUGGCUGCUUAAAUUGAGAGUGAGUGAGAGAGGCAGGGCCAGAAAGAGGUUGAAGAGGAGGGUUCUUGUCUUUCUCAGUGCACAGUGCAGUUAGGGCACGGUGGAGCACUAACGCGUGGGCUACAGGUAUCGGUUACUUAAGGAGGGCUCCGGAGCUUUAUUUCGGGGGGAGGGAAGGGGUGGGGUUGUGUGGAGAGGGGUUUCUCGUUUCUGUUCGUUUUCCUUUUUCAGAUGGGGGAGUGGGUAUGGAUGAAAAGAAAAAAGAUGUUUUCCUUUUUUUAUUUUAUUUUUUAACCCAUGAGUCUGUAAUUAGAAAAAAAAAUAAUAAAAGACAUUGUGUAAAAAGUA